UUUUCCGAAAUCCCUAAGUGCAAUUCACAACAAUUGAUUUUUGCGAUCUGCGUCUUUGUACUUGCACAGCAUUCAAGUUUGAAGAAAAUUGGGGACAAUGGCUACCGAAAAGGAGAAAAUUGACAAAUCUAAAAUAAGCAACCAAGUAAAGCAUGUGCCAAAGGAUGCACAGGUCAUAAUGUCUAUAUUGAAGGAGCUAAAUGUGCAGGACUACGAGCCGCGUGUUAUCAAUCAAUUGCUAGAGUUCACUUAUCGUUACGUGACUUGUAUACUGGACGAUGCGAAAGUAUUUGCAAAUCAUGCCCGCAAGAAAACUAUUGAUUUGGAUGAUGUCAAACUCGCUACUGAAGUAGUGUUGGAUAAAGCCUUCACAUGCCCACCGCCACGCCAUGUUCUGGCCAAGCUAGCAGAGGUACGCAAUUCGAUGCCUCUGCCUCCUAUAAAGCCGCAUUGUGGCUUACGUCUCCCUCCAGACCGUUAUUGCUUAUCAGCUUGCAAUUACAAGCUUCGUGCUGCUAACCAGCCUAAAAAAAUGACCAAAUCCGCUUUGGAAUCCCGUUCGACAAUUAAAACACAAUUGAAGAAUGCUAGUGGUGGUGGCGGUGGUGGCGUAGGCAUAGCCAAACGUCAAACUGUGCUCGCUCCAAAAACGCAAGUAGUAACCAUACCAAAGCCAGUGAUAAAAUUCACGACCACAACUAAAACGACAUCGGUGAGCGGCUCCUCAGGCGUAAGCGGCGGUAUAAACGUUAAUAGCGGUGGAGCUGAAAGUGGUGAUGUUAAAAUGGAGGUUGAUAUGGACACCAGUGCAUCUGCAGCAGUUGGAAGUAUCGGUGGAGGCAACACAGGUGGCGAUGGGGGCAGUGGUGGUGUCAAACGCGAGCGCGAAGACGAUGAAUUCGAAGUAGUGCAGUAGAUUAAGUACAGAUUUGAAGAUCAAUAAAAAUGAGAUCUUUUAAAUUACGUUAAUACA